AGAUUGCUGCUCCGCCGGAAGAGCAUCAACACAGAGUCUCACAGGCUGCCAUUUUGGGCGAAACCCCUCAAAUCGACCCAAAAACCUAGUAAUCACCUCACCUGAUUCUGAUUAAUAAGCUCAGAGACGGACACCGACGAACGGAAAGAUGACGGAGGCAACGAUAAGGCAUAAGCCCGGUAUGACGAGCGUGAAGGAUAUGCCGCUCCUGCAGGACGGUCCGCCUCCAGGUGGGUUUGCCCCGGUCCGAUACGCCCGACGUAUCCCCAACAAAGGUCCCAGCGCCAUUGCAAUGUUCCUUGCUACCUUCGGGGCCUUCUCCUAUGGCAUGUAUCAGGUUGGCCUGGGCAACAAGAUCCGCAGGGCUCUGAAGGAGGAGAAAUAUACUGCACGCAGAGCGAUACUACCUGUUCUUCAAGCUGAAGAAGAUGAAAGAUUUGUCAAAGAGUGGAAGAAGUAUCUUGAAUAUGAGACUGAAGUAAUGAAGGAUGUGCCAGGUUGGAAGGUUGGUGAAAAUGUCUAUCAUUCAGGGAGAUGGCUACCCCCAGCAACUGGUGAACUCCGUCCUGAAGUCUGGUGAAACUAUUUUAACCAGUUCACUUGCAAUGCACGCUUCAUCGCCAUUGUGGUGAAAUUCCUUGUGUUGCAUAAAGAGUUGCUAUGUUUUCUUAUGCAAAUUCGUUGUGUUGCAUGGUGCCUCCUUUGUGGUGAAAUAAAAUAACAAAGCUGGAAACCUCUAAAUUGGUAAAAAUACCAUCUACAUUAUUUUUUAUUUUAUAUCCCUAAUGUCUUUAUUCCUGUCUGUUUACCUGAAUCUUGGGAUAGAAGUAAGGCUUAUUGUUCUCUUUUCAUAAGAAGGUUUGUGAAGAUCAACCUUUUACCAGUGCUAGCAUGUUUGCUGUGUUA